GCCGGUUGUGGUCGCAAGAGGCGAACUGUUUCCCAGGUGGCCCUGCGGCAACCAGUCCAAAGUCGGACUUUCAAAACCAGCCCGAAGUUUUGAACCCGGCGGCGGCAGUUGUCACUGGCACAGGUUUGGCGUGGUGGCGCCAGUGUACUACUUCUGGGGAGGUCUCGACCAGGUUCUGGCGCCUUUAAUCCCCACCUGAUAUCUGUGUUAUCAUCAGGGUAUCCCGCUUUUCCCCCAGUUCCCCAAGAGCGUCCUUCCUUUCGCUAGUCACAGGAUCGCAGUUUUGGUCUGAUAGCGCAUCCCCCUACCCCAGUGUUGCAUCCCCACUUCCCUCUUUCCAUCUAACAUGGUGGCCUUUCCUGGGCUGUACCUUGGAUAUCCCCCGGUGGGAGAGCAAGCACAAGACACCAGGGGAUACCUUGGAUAUCCCCCGGUGGGAGAGCAAGCACAAGACACCCUAACCCCUGCCGCUCCCCUGCCACAGGAUAUGAAUAGGAGCCUCAGCUGGUUUGAGCAGCUGGAUGUGCUUCUCAACGCUACUGAUGGAAAUGUAGUCCGGAUUAAGGGACUCUCAGAGCUCAUUGGCCUGUGCAACUGUUUCUUUUGUAGCAGUGGCUGUAUCCUCUUGGGGUCUCCACCUUAGAAUAGCACUGCUGUCACUCCUACAGUGCUGUGGGAGGAGUCAGAGAUUAUGCAGAAGGAAUUGAAGUUGCUGCAGUACCAGUUGAGCCAGCACCAGGAGCUGCUGCUGAAACAGCUGGCUGAGGGACGACAGGCUUAGGUUGGCAGGUGGAAGCUCUUAAUUCAGUCUUCUGGACAGUAACAGUAGCUGGGAACUUUUAUGGAAGCCAGAUCCCCAGAGGAGCACCCUUUCUAACCUGGAGCCCAGCAUCUUUCAGCUCCAUGUCCAGAGUCUUAAGCAAGAGGACCCAUUCCUUUGGGGCCCCAAGAUGCUCCUGAAUGACCUGUAAGGACUCGUUAAGAAUAGUAGGACGAAGCCUUCUUUGCCCACCCUCCCCUCCAAGGCCCUGUUUCUGGGCUGUCCGCCCCGCCUUCUUGAAGUAGCUAUUAUCUGUCUUCUCUACUGAGGCUUUUCACUGCCUGCCCAUCCUUGCCCCCCAACUGCAAUAAAAUGGUUUAACCCUC